CAACCAAUCAAGUACUCGUAUUCAAACAUAAAGAAGAUGACUAAUAACUUUGCGAAUAAAUUAGGUCAAGGAGGCUUUGGCUCUGUAUAUAAAGGAAAACUUCGAAGUGGUCGCAUUGUAGCUGUGAAAGUGUUGGUCAUGUCAAAAGCUAAUAGACAAGAUUUCAUCAAUGAGGUUGCAACAAUAGGAAGAAUUCAUCAUGUUAAUGUGGUGAGACUUGUAGGAUUUUGUGUACAGGGAUCAAAAUGGGCACUUAUAUAUGACUUCAUGCCCAAUGGUUCUCUUGAUAAGUUUAUUUUUCUUAAAGAAGAAAAUAACACUUUUUUGAGCUGGGAAAGGUUGUAUAAGGUUGCACUUGGAGUGGGGCGUGGGAUUGAAUACUUACAUCAAGGUUGUGACAUGCAAAUUCUACAUUUUGAUAUCAAGCCACACAAUAUUCUUCUUGAUGAAGACUUUACACCAAAAGUUUCAAAUUUUGGCCUUGCAAAAUUGUAUUCAACAAAUGAAAGUAUGGUGUCUCUCACUGCCGCACGAGGAACACUGGGAUAUAUUGCUCCAGAAUUAUUCUAUAAAAAUAUUGGAGGUGUCUCCUACAAAGCUGAUGUUUAUAGUUUUGGAAUGUUGUUAAUGGAGAUGGUGGGGAGAAGAAAGAAUGUGAAUGCAAAUGCAGAGCAUUCGAGUCAAAUAUAUUUUCCAUCAUGGAUUUAUGACAGAUAUGAUCAAGGGGAUAACAUAGACUUGGGAGAUGCCACCGAAGAUGAAAAGAAGUUGGUUAGGAAAAUGGUGAUAGUUGCACUAUGA